AUGCUCCUCUCUUCAUUACACUCUCUCCCUUUAUAUGCGUCUCUCUUCAUUGCACCCUCGCCCUUUAUAUACCCCUCUCUUCAUUGCACCCUCUCCCUUUAUAUGCUCCUCUCUUCAUUGCACCCUCUCCCUUUAUAUACUCCUCUCUUCAUUGCACCCUCUCCCUUUAUAUGCGUCUCUCUUCAUUGCACCCUCUCCCUUUAUAUGCUCCUCUCUUCAUUACACCCUCUCCCUUUAUAUGCUCCUCUCUUCAUUAUGCUCUCUCCCUUUAUAUGCUCCUCUCUCCAUUAUGGCCUCUCCCUUUAUAUGCUCCUCUCUUCAUUACACCCUCUUCCUUUAUAUGCUUCUCUCUUCAUUAUACUCUCUCCCUUUAUAUGCUACUCUCUUCAUUACACCCUCUCCCUUUAUAUGCUCCUCUCUUCAUUAUGCUCUUUCCAUUUAUAUGCUCCUCUCUCCAUUAUGCUCUCUCUCUUUAAUUGCGUGUCUCUUCAUUACACUCUCUACUUUAUAUGCUCCUCUCUUCACUACUCCCUUUUCCUUUAUAUGCGCCUCUCUUCAUUACACUCUCUCCCUUUAUAUGCUCCUCUCUUUAUUUACCAAUAUUUCGUCCUUUCCGUCAUUCACUGUUAUUUUUUUUUACUUUCAUCUUCCUUUUCAGCCCAUCUAUAUUACUCUAUUGUUUUUCUUUUCUUUCUUUCUUCUUACAUAUCUCUGUCAUUGCUUUCCCUUCGUGCUUGCUUUUGUCUCCUUCUGUUCCAUCAUAAAUUAUUAUUUUCUUUCUUUAAAUGUUGCAACAAUUUGUCAGUCACUUUUUCAUUUUUUUUUCUCAUCUUUUACAUAUUCUUAAAUACUUUUCAUUACAUCUUUCAUUUCUCGUUUAUACCGUCUCAUCCCGCUGCUGGGGGUGAGGAUGGAGGAUGGUUACCCAGUAAUAUUCAUUACCUCGAAAAAAGAAAAGGUUGUCAUUUCAUCAUUUACAUACCUGGUUAUAAAAUUAUUCAUAUGAUGCGAUCACUGAUUUUCACCCCUCUUCUCUCUCUCUCACCUCUCUCUCUCUCUCUCCUCUCUCUCUCUCUCACCCCUCUCUCUCUCUCUCUCUCUCUCUCCCCUCUCUCUCUCUCCCCCUCUCUCUCCCCCCCCCCUCUCUCUCUCCCUCUCUCUCUCUCUCUCUCCCCUCUCUCUCUCUCUCACCCCCUCUCUCUCUCUCCCCCCCUCUCUCUCUCUCUCUCUCACCUCUCUCUCUCUCUCACCCCCUCUCUCCCUCUCUCUCUCUCUCUCUCUCUCUCUAUCUAUAUAUAUAUAUAUAUAUAA